AUCAUCUUGUCGCGUAUUUCAUCUUCGGGCGUAGACCGGCAUUUUCCCACAACACCCUGCUCCCGACACUCACAGAUGACGAAAAUGGCGGACAACUCGUCUUCGGUGGAGAUUGUAGAGGGCUGCCGCCUCCCGGUACUUCGUAAAAACCAAGAACACGAAGACGAAUGGCCAUUGGCUGAGAUUCUAAGUGUGAAAGAAGUUUCUGGAAGAACGCUAUACUAUGUUCACUACAUCGACUUCAAUAAGCGCCUGGAUGAGUGGGUCACAACGGACCGGCUGGACAUGAAGAAGCUCCAGUUUCCUAAGAAAGAAGCUAAAACACCAACAAAGAACGGUCUGUCAGGCUCCCGACCCAGUUCACCAGAGAGAGAGGUGGUGAGUGAGAGGAGAGAUACAGAUACUGACCCCGCUUUACAGAAGAAACAGAGGAAGAGUCUAGAUCUCAACCUACAAACUGCCACACCUCCAUCCAGAGGCAAAACCCUCCCCACACCGAAGAGGAAGGUCGAGAGCGUCCCCUUGGUGCCGCAGGUGCCCCCCGCCCCCCCAGUACCCUCUCUGCCGAGUUCAACUGAAGCUUCUCAGGCGGCGGUUUUUCCUGCCGUCAGGGAGACCCCCACCUUCAAGGCCAGGGAGGAUCACGAACAGCUCUCCUCGCUCACAACCAAUGGCACUGCUCGGCGCCUUAUUCCUGCUCAGCCUGGAAGGAAGAGAAAAGCCAACUGCGGCGGCACCGAUGAGGAUUCUCAGGAUAGUUCAGAUGGCAUCCCAAGUGCUCCUCGGAUGACUGGCAGUCUGGUGUCUGAUCGGAGCCACGACGACAUUGUCACGCGGAUGAAAAACAUCGAGUGCAUAGAGCUGGGUCGGCACAGACUGAAGCCCUGGUACUUCUCCCCCUACCCACAAGAGCUUACCACGUUACCCAUCCUCUACCUCUGUGAAUUCUGCCUCAAAUACCUCAAAAGCCUCAAGUGUCUCCAGAGGCAUUUGACUAAAUGUAAUUUAAGACAUCCUCCUGGUAAUGAGAUCUACCGCAAAGGCACCAUCUCAUUCUUCGAGAUUGACGGCAGGAAAAACAAAAACUACUCCCAGAACCUGUGUUUACUGGCAAAAUGUUUCCUGGACCACAAAACAUUGUAUUACGACACAGACCCCUUCCUGUUUUAUGUCAUGACGGAGUAUGAUUCCAAGGGCUUCCAUAUAGUCGGUUACUUCUCUAAGGAGAAAGAGUCAACAGAAGAUUAUAAUGUCGCCUGCAUCCUGACAUUGCCUCCCUAUCAGCGCAGAGGCUACGGGAAACUGCUCAUCGAGUUCAGUUACGAGUUGUCAAAGGUGGAGGGGAAAACGGGAACACCAGAGAAGCCGCUUUCUGAUCUUGGUCUCUUGUCUUAUCGCUCCUACUGGUCCCAAACAAUCCUAGAAAUUCUCAUGGACCUUAAACCUGAAAAUGGAGAAAGGCCUCAGAUAACUAUAAAUGAGAUCAGUGAAAUAACGAGUAUAAAGAAGGAAGACGUCAUUUCUACACUCCAGUACCUCAAUCUAAUCAACUAUUACAAGGGUCAGUACAUCCUCACUCUUUCUGAGGACAUUGUGGAUGGACAUGAGAAAGCCAUGCAGAAGAGGCACCUGCGCAUAGAUCCUAAAUGUCUUCACUUCACUCCGAAGGACUGGAGUAAAAGGGGGAAGUGGUAAAAAUCUGCUGGAUCCUCCAACCUGGACAGCAGAGCUGGUGUGUUGGACCGGAUCAACUUCUUCACUCUUGGACUUCUCUUCAGACAAACAGUGAACAUGGACUUAACUUGAGGCGUCUGAGCUUUGGUCCACCUCACUCAUUGCUUAUUGUUUUAUUGAUUUGUAAUUUACAGAAUUAUAAGAACAGUUACCAUACUCUCCACUCUGGAUAGACUCCUGUUGAUCACCGAAGUGGUGCAUUUACAGUGACUCAAGUCACUUGGUCUAAAAUUAAAACUCAGCCUGGCAGACAUUCCAGCCCUCCUGUGAUAUGAAGUGAAAGAUCUUCUGUUGUUGUGAAGAAAAUGGAAAUAAAAAACAAAAUGCAAACCAGAAAUGCAACUGGGGAAAACAUCUAAAUCAAAAACUUGUUUUUUUAGAAAUGUUUUGCUGUUUUCUCAGACUUUUUCUUUCAAAUUUCAUUUUUUCAAACUGUAUGUUUUGUUUUUUGUUUUGUUUUUUUCCAAAAAAAUAAUUUUAACUGAUCUUAUAUCUUCUAUUAUUUUUCCUCCUAACUUCUCUUUUUCGUGUGGAGUUUUACGAAUUGCAUUCUUUUAAAAUUCCAAUCACAAUCACACUUUAAGCCCAGUACCAAUGCUCGCUCUUGAUUUGCACACAGACCAAUAAAAAUGGUGCAAACUUCAUGCUGAAUAAAAAUGUGACUUAGCCCCUCACUCCAGAGGAAGGCCUGCCCCAUUAAGUGAAGAGACAGAUCUGUAAAAUGCUAUUAGAAAAGAAUGCAGUUAAUAAAACUCAAGUCUGAAAGAGAAAUUAGAAGAAAAAAAAAAGUAAUUUGUUAAAAAAGAAUCUUGCAACAAAAAAAAGGAACAAAAUUCACUCCAUACCAAUGGUGAGAUUUAUCAUUUUAGGACAAAGGUGAAAUAUUUAUUCUGUUGGCAAAAACUUGAAAUUGGGAUUAUUUGAUCUUUUUGUCUGCAUUUUAUCCAUAUUUUAAGUGCUAAAUAACUACCAAGUUAUUUAUCCUGCAAACACUUCAUUAAAAAAAUGUCUGUAUUUAUAUACAGUUUAUGAAUAAUCAACCAUGUUUGUGUUCAUUAAAUAAUUCCAUAGCUGUGCUCCACUUAAAUAUUGAUUACCAUUUUGUUUUAGGUAAAAUUUGUUUCUACUAAACAGUUUAAACUGGGAAAGUGUAAUAAUUUUGUUUUGGGGGAUACACAUGUCACUGAAAUGUCCAUCGUUGCCGUUUAAAAGUAUAAAAUAAUUGCCCGUUUUAAAUUCCCGUCUGGAGUUUGACCCUCCUGAGUGCCUGAAUCAUUAAGGUCAUUACUUUAUUGUUGUUUUUAGUACCAGUCUAUAAAUAUUCCUCUUGUAAAUAUAACAGUUUGACAUUUUACCUUCACACCUUCUUUGUAUAUAAUUGUAUAAACCAACAUGAGUAUUCAGGUUUUCUCAGACCUAGUUCUGUUUUUUAUUACCCUAUUUUUAAAUAGGCAGAAGUAAAAAUGCUGCUGUGUGCUGAUAAAAAUCUUUUUUUAUAUAUAUAUAAUUUUAUUCACAUCCUGUCUCAAAAUAGUUAAUCAUGUUCCUAGAGUCUGUGAAUACUAAACACAGAAGCCAUGCUGAACUGUUGGAGGAAAGAAAAGUUAUUGUACAGUUAUUUAUAACUUUAAAUAACAGGCUGCACAACGUGAAAGAAUUAAGUGAUAUUGUUUUAUGUUUACAUGUGUUUAAUGGGUGAAUUUGUCCUGUUCAAAUUACUUAGUAUACUUUCAGUGUCAUUUGAGCAUUUGAUAUGAAAAGUUUUUGAAUUUAUAAAAAAAAAAAAGUCUUCAA